AUGAAGCAAUCUUUCUAUUUAUUUUUUUUUUGUUACUUAUCUAAUCAAUUUACUCUUCUUCUUUAUGGACUGCUUUUAAUUUUUUCUAUUGGCCAAACAAAUUUGAUUACAAAACACUUUCUCACUAAUUAACUAACUCAAUAUUUAUCCUUCAAUAUACUUGAUCACUUCAUCACCUGGACAUAAAUGAGAUAAACAAAUAACUAAAUUACUAUUAUUUAAAGUGAUAAAGUUCAAGACAACAACAGCUCAUCAAAUAGUCCGAUGAGAAAAUACCUAAUGGAUAAAAGAGAGCAAAAAAGAAUUAAAAAAAUUUUUUCAGAGCAUAAAAAGAAUGAAGCACGCUUAUUCUCUGUACCUAAAUUUUCAAAAGAUGAUCCAACUAUUAGAGAUUUAGAAAUAGCUAAAUAUAACCUCUAAAAGUAUUCAAGAGAAUUACCAGCCUUCUAGGGUCUUAAAAAAUAGUUAAUCAGCCAAGAAACUAAUAUAAAAUUGCUACGAGUAAAUAACCAGAAAGGGAAUUUGAGCUAUAGAUAAAGUAAAAUGAAUGAAAGCGUUGAAUACAAUAGAUAAAGUUAAUUAGAGUAAUUUUUGAAAAAUACAAGAAAUUAAUCUUUCAAUAUGUGCUAGAAGGAGUAGCUUCCUAAUGUAAAAUAAACAUUUAAAGACUAAGCUAUAAAAAACUAUGUAUUUGAAUCUGUAACAAAGAGAAAUAAGAUUGAUGAUAUAAUUAAGAAACUUGAACAAUCUAAGUAAGAAAUAUCUAAUAAGCAUCAAGGGCUAGAAUCUCCAUUUCAAAAAAAAAUUUAGAAAUUAAAAGAAGACCGUCUUAAAAGUCAGGAAAGGGAAUUUAAUAUUUAUAAUUCCAUGCCUUUCGAUCCAUGCCAGCGAAAGAUUAAAAGAGAAAGGUACCUAGCCUAUAAAUUUGAUCCAGAAUUACCCUUCCUGACUUUGGGAAAAUUUCACCCAAAAAAUAAAAUUAAUGAUAGAUAUAGCAAUAUUACCAACCAUGAAGUUUUAGAACAAACUAAUGACUUAAAUAUAGAUUAAAACUCCUCGAAUAUGGUUAGAAAUAGCAUAUUUGAUAAUUAAAAUCUUGAAAAAAAUCAAUUGUAAUAAGGUACUUAAAUUUUUAACACUCAAUAAAGCAUAGUAGAGGCUAGUAGGAGAGCUUCUGUGGUUUCCUAGCUUGAUUAAUUUGAUGAUUAAAUUAAUAUUUCUUAAGAUAUUGAGGAUUAAAAAUUUAUUGAUUCUGUUUUCAAUAGUAGAGAAUCCUCUAAUAAAAAGAUGUAAAAAAUUAUAGAAGGCAAUUAAAAGCUAUUAAAAUAGAUUAAGAAAAACAGUAAUUCUAAAGGAUUAUUUGACAGUCUCAAUUACUUUACUAAUGACAGAAGAUAAUAAAAUCAAGAGUUGACUGAAAUGCUGCAGUAAUUAAAUUCUAACAGAGAUAGAACUCUAUAAAAAAAGAGAGAGGUCUAUUAGGAUCUUUUCGUUUAAUCAGCUUAAGUUAGUCCUCAAAAAAAGAAGAAAGUGAGAGAUGAUCUAAAUAAAUUCUUACAGUAAAUAUUAAAAGAUAAUAAAAGGCAGUAAUAAAUAUUUAAAAAUCUCAUUUAAGAAUUGAAUAACUCCCAUAAAAUUAUUCCAGAAGAUAUUUUAGAAGCGUUGGAUGAAAUGGCAACCGUUUUAAAUUAAGGAAGAAUAUUGUUUCAAGAAAACCUAUUGAAGAUUUAAGUACUUCUCGAUAAUUAUGGUGUUGAUAAAAAACCAUUCAAUUUAAUUUAUAAUGCAAUCUAAUAAAUAUCUAGCUUUGAUAAUAGCUAAACUACUAAUAGGUCAUUAGAUUCAACAAUAUAAACAAGUUAUCAAAUAUGA